GUUCAUGAUCGAUAACUGCGCGGACGACUGGCGGAUCGCGAUGACCUGGCAGAGGAUCGCGCAGAUCUCGUUGGAGUUGGCGAUCUGCGCGAUCCACCCAAUCCCGGGCGAAUACUACUUCCUGUGGACGACCAAGCUGGCGAACAGGAACGGCGACAUCGGCUCCAAGUGGGUGCCGUACGACGUCACACUCUCGCUGCCAAUGUUCUUCAGGCUUUACCUCAUCUGCCGGGUGAUGCUACUGCACUCGAAGCUCUUCACGGACGCGUCGUCGCGGAGCAUAGGGGCCUUGAAUCGCAUCAACUUUAACACCAGGUUCGUCCUCAAGACUCUGAUGACCAUCUGCCCGGGCACGGUGCUGCUGGUUUUCAUGGUCUCCCUGUGGAUCAUCGCUUCGUGGACACUGCGACAGUGCGAGAGGUUCCACGAUGAGGAACAUGCAAAUCUCCUCAACGCCAUGUGGCUCAUCGCCAUUACGUUCCUGAGCGUCGGUUUCGGCGACAUCGUGCCCAACACAUACUGCGGUCGAGGUAUAGCCGUCUCCACCGGAAUGAUGGGCGCCGGGUGCACCGCUCUACUGGUGGCGGUCGUCUCCAGGAAGCUCGAGCUUACGCGAGCGGAGAAGCACGUGCACAACUUUAUGAUGGACACACAAUUAACGAAAAGGUUGAAGAACGCCGCGGCGAACGUGUUGCGGGAAACGUGGCUGAUUUACAAGCACACCCGAUUGGUGAAACGCGUCAAUCCCGGACGCGUGCGGACCCAUCAGCGGAAAUUCCUGUUGGCCAUAUACGCACUCAGAAAGGUGAAAAUGGAUCAGCGUAAAUUGAUGGACAACGCCAACACUAUAACGGACAUGGCCAAGACGCAAAACACCGUCUACGAGAUCGUCUCGGACAUGAGCACGCGGCACGACACGAUGGAGGAGCGUCUGGAGGGUCUGCAGAACCAUCUGGUCGGCCUAGAGGAGAAGCUGACCUCACUGCAGGGUCAGAUGGAGCUGUUGCCCGAGGAGCUGACCCGUUGCCUGGCGCAGCACGCCGAGCGGAUGGAGCAGCGGCGUAACUUCCUUCAUCCGGAUACCGCGGUAGCCAUGGCAGCUUCCGGCAGCAGCGGCGGCGGCGGCGGUUGCGGUGGCGGCUGCAGCGGUGGCGGAGGAGCGAUCUCGUCGGGCACGAGCCUGGGCGUUUCCGGCGGCGGCAGCAUCACAUCCGCCGCGCACCACCCUCUCGCCAGCCUCUGCAACUCACCCCUGCUGCCGCACUCGCGCAGCGUCCCCAGCGCGCCUAGCACCACGUCCCUGCAUCCGUGGCCGGUCAGCCCGGUCCUACCGCCCGUCUCCAGCCGUACGCCCCACUUGGUGCCGGAAACCGGCAGGCAUUACGGCCUCAGUCACUCCGCCACGGUGACCAGCACGACUUCGCAGUCGGCCACCAGGCUCACUUCGCAGGCCGGCAUGGGUGGGCUAGGCAACAGCCAAGGCUCGGACACGUCGGCGCACAGCUGAGUCUCGUCUCUGCAGCCGCAGCACUCGUACUAAGGCCCCUCACCGGUUUCGCGCGCGCGAUUACACACCGCGUGGCCGUGCCCGGGGAGGGUUGCCGAUCGUUUCUGGCACGUCGCCGACAAGACGUAUCGCACGAUACAAUACUGCCAGAGAUAUAUGAUCGCGCUACGAUCGGCUCUUCGCACAAACGAAUGUGAAAACUCUCGUCUGGAGCAGUGUAUCCUCGUCCGUGUUAGUCACUUGAUAGUCCAUCGUAAUUGGUCAGUUCGUAUCUAAUCGCCAGAGAUCUAAUCAGUUUCGUAUUCUAGACGAAGCAAUUUCAACUGCGAGCUCGUUUUCGGUUUGAAGAUUUGUUUCGAAGGGGGCUACCAAUCACGCUAUCUAACAGCGGAUUUCGCACAGAUUUAUAAAUUAAUUCGUAUAUGUACGAAUUUUCUUGGAGUCCCCGCAGCGUAGCUUUCUCGCGAUUGGUGAUUCUUUUGUAAGUUCCAAAAUAAGGCAGUUGAAGCUUCUUGCGUGGAGCGAAAGUUUUG